AGUAUUUACUAUCCAAGUGGUCGCAAAAGUAGGUUCAUCACCGAUGAAAAGGAGAAGAAGGUCUGCAAAAUUGUUUUUAGGGGAAAAGACAUAGGCAGUGGAUUGAGGGACUUUUUAAAGACAAGUCAUCCAGAAGAAGUAAUUGAGGGUUCUGUAGCAAUUUUAGGUGAUGAAUGCAAAACCUUGUGCAAGAGAAAUUCUGGAAGUGUGCUUCAAGACAAAUCAAUUCAAAAUGUUAUGGAAUUCACUUGGGACAAACUGUACACAGAACUACAAAUACGUGCCCCUAAUAUCCUGAAGAUAGUAUCAGCAAUGGUCAAUGACAUUCCAAUCCAAGUGAAUAACAAACCAUUUCAACUUGUAAUGUACACUUUGUCCCAGAUUCUGCAUGCCAGAUCUCAAGAAAUGUCUUUAGUACAGUACUUGUCAGGACUAGUGUUAAUGCAUGGAGGAUGCACCCUUAAGGAUAUCGAGAGGAUUGCCAAAUUUGGUGCUUCAGUUCACCCAGAAACAUUGCGAAGAAAGCUGAAUUCAUGGGACGAAUACUUGGACGAAGAACUACUUAAGUACAAAACAGAAUGGAGUCGAGGAGGAAGCAAGAAAUAUCAGCUAAUUGGAGACAAUUGGGAUAGAAAUAUUAUUCCAUCUUAUCAUACCUCUCAAGACAAGACAUUGUCUUUGCACCUGUUUCAGGUUAUUGGAGUCGUUGAUAGGGUGGAUUCUCUGAAUUGUGCUUUUGAUCCACAGCUCCUAGAUAUUUUAGAAUUAACUCCUGUGGAUUUUAUUCCCUCAGUAGCUGAUCAGGACAUUCUUCUGCAUGAGUUGACCUUUUUAGUGGCCAAUGCAGUGAUUGCAAAUAUUGAGCAGCUGAACGGAGCAUUUGGAUAUAUAUAUCCAAAACACUUGAAGCACAAGUAUAGUGAAUUCUCAGGAAUGAAAACGGAACAAUAUUCUUUGGGACUUUUUGAUUGUAAUGAAAUGGUUACCCAAGAUGUGAUCAGGCUACUAAAGGACCUAUCAAAGAAGUAUGUGCCCAUUGAUGAUGCUGGGGAAAUAGUUGAGGAAGUGUUUUUUGGAGGAGACAGAUUGACUGAUGAGAGAAUACAGAGUGCCCAAGAAGCUAUGACCAAUAAUGAAAAUCCAUUGGAUAGGUUUGAAGGAUUCAUUUCCAAAAUUGAAGAUUUUCAUCGGCUCAUGAACUUCCUCGAGGCAAUUGUGUUGCAAACAUACAGCACCCAGUCAGCAAAUGACAGAGGAACAGUGUAUUAUUAUAAGAACAUAUUAAAUGCACGCAAUGUGAAGGGGAAAGUAAAGAACUCUUACAGAGGAUAUAAAAUGCUAUACCGUACUAUAUUUGAUGCUAUGUGUUGUGCAUUUUUCUUGAAAGAGUUUGGACUUCUUAACUUAACAGAGAGCAUACCACUGCCUGAUGAAUUCUCCAAAUGGACAGGAGAGGAAAAAAUACAGUGGAUGAAUAACAUAUGUGAACGAAUUGUGAACAAGUGGUUUUUUGGAGACAGUGACUUGUUUGAAGAGUUGCGACAAGUAUUGUCUGAUCCAGAUCAUGAAGAAAAUUAUUGGUUCGGGAACUUUAAAGAUGGUCGCUUUUCCUGCCACUACUGUGAAAAAACUUACUGUCAUAUCAAAAGUGCAGAAUUUCAUGAAAAAGAAGUCCAUGGCCAUUCCAAACCAGCAUUACGAAAAAGUAAACAAGCAAACCUAUUGCAAGAUGAACUUUUUGAUUAUUUGAUAGCCCUUUUCCGUCUGUCAGCAUUACAUCGAAAUCUUGAUACGGCAGUGGAUAUGGCUGAUGGCUAUAGAUCUAUUCGCUCAGCUAAGUACGAGACCCCGCUGUACAACAAGACCCACAAAACAAAAUAUCUUAUCGGCAGCAUCCAUUUAACAGGCCUCGUAUCAGGAACCUUGCCGCCUCCUCAAACAGAGAGACUUAUUGCAAAUCGCUGUAUAAAUUUGUCAGGUGGGAAGAACUCGAACAUGGCACUAGAUGAGUAUGUAGAACUAGUCAACAGAGAUACAAAAAACACUUGUUCUGGAUUCCAAACAAAGGAGAGUAUAAUUGCGCACUCGAAACAAUUUCCUCUUUUAAUCAAAGCUGUGAAAAAUUUGGACAUGAUUAAUGAUGUACAUAGAAGAAAAGGAUUCCACAACAUACCUUCAUAUAAAUCUGAUGUUCGGAAGAUUGUACAAGACCUUUUUGACAUCGAUGGUUUUUCCCAACAUAAAGGACGCAAGCUCAAGUGCAGAGAACUAGUCCAGAAAAGCAAUCCAUUUGCAGACAGUUAUAAACAGUUGGUGAACAUGAUAUACAGACAUAAACCUUUACUUCCAUUCCGUCGAUUAAGGAAUAAACAACUAUAAUGAUGUGAUUGUUUAUCUACCUGGUACAUGAGACAUAAAAUCAAAUUAAAUAUUAUGGAGGAUUAUCGCCAAGACUUGUCCAAUGUACAUGCACACAUAUACAAUGUACAGUAAUUAAAUUUUCAAAUGGAAUAAACAUGGAUUUAAUCAA